AGUGGUACGUUUGAUUUGGGCCCGUCCAGCUGCGGGAACUUCGCUUCGGUUCCUUCAACAACAACAACAACAGAAGAAGAUGCACUGGGGCGAAGACGACGAUGGUCAUGGGAGCUGUCACCACGGACACGGAGGACACUCCCACAGUCACGGGCCGCGAGCGGCGCACCCCUUCAUGACGCCUUUUCACGGACAGUUCGCCAAGAGCGGGGAUCAGGCGAUGAACCUCAGUCAGCAGCCGAAGAAACGCUCGCACAUGGACGACAGCAGCAGCUGGGACAUCGUGAAGGCGUCGCAGUUCGGCAUCCUCGAGCGCUGUAAGGAGCUGGUGGAAGCGGGAUACGACGUCAGGCAGCCCGACAAGGAGAACGUCACCCUGCUGCACUGGGCGGCCAUCAACAACCGCUCAGAGCUGGUCAAGUAUUACAUUUCUAAAGGAGCGAUCGUUGACCAGCUCGGAGGAGACCUGAACUCGACUCCUCUUCACUGGGCCAUAAGGCAGGGCCACCUCCCCAUGGUGAUCCAGCUGAUGAGAUACGGAGCCGAUCCCGCCGUCGCAGACGGAGAAGGUUACCGCGCUCUCCACCUCGCCAUCCUCUUCCAGCACAUGGCCAUAGCGGCUUAUCUCAUGGCUAAGGGACAGGAAGUCGAUGGACCCGACUGCAACGGACAGACGCCGCUGAUGUUGGCAGCUCAGAAGAUCAUUGGACCUGAACCCACCAACUUCCUAAUCAAGAACAACGCCUCAGUGAGCGCCGUGGACAAAGUGAACAGGAACACUCCGCUGCACUGCGCCGUGCUGGCAGGAAACGUAGACGCCGCCCACAUCCUGCUGGAGGCCGGGGCCAGCGUGGACGCAGAAAACAUCAACGGUCAAACGCCCAUCGAUCUGGCCCAUCAGGUGCACAGUCCGCUGCUCGUCCACAUGCUCAACCACAUCAAGCAGGAGAGGAUCCGCUCCAGCUCGCGCUGCCUGCGGCUCAUCAACAGAUACAGGGUCUUUCUGCAGUUCUUGCUCUGCACCGCCGUGUUCGGAAGCGUGGGCGCCAUCGUCGACAUGAACUCGGAGUCCUGGUUGCUCAAAGGAAUCCUGCUGGCCUGCGUGAUCGGUGUGAUCAAUGUGGCCUCGAGGAACUUCCCCGGUCCGGCCUUUCAGUCUCUCCUACCUGCGACGGCUCUCAUGGCUUCAGUCUUCUGGAUGCUCGUCACCUGGUGCCUCUGGUUCCUGCCAGAUGGACCCAGCGCCACAGUUCAGGUCUUGUUCACUUUCAACGCCAUCACUCUGCUCUACUACUACCUCCGCACAUGCCGGACCGACCCGGGCUUCGUCAAGGCAACCGAAGAAGAGAAGAAAAUGAACGUGUUGGUGUUGGCUGAAGCCGGCUGCCUGGACCCCAGAAUAUUCUGCACGUCAUGCAUGACAAAGAAACCAAUGAGAACAAACCACUGCUUCUCCUGUGACGCCUGCGUGGCCAAGCAGGACCACCACUCCGUCUGGACCAACAGCUGCAUCGGUGCGAGGAAUCACCACUACUUCAUCCUCUUCCUGUUCUCCCUCAUGCUGAUGGGAGCCUGGAUGUUUUACGGUUGUCUCAAGUACUGGACCAUUCACUGUGUGCUGCAUUACGAGGAGCAGGGCCUGUGGGGCGUCGUCUCCGGCCUGGUCAGCUGCUCCCCCUGGGUGCUCGCCAUCUUCCUGCUGGCCUUCUAUCACACCUGCUGGUCCGGCUUGGUCCUGGUGCUGCAGCUGUACCAGAUCGCCUUCCUUGGACUGACCACGGCCGAGCGGACGAGCCUGACACUCCACCAGAGGAAACUCCGACAAUCCGUCUCCCUGAGACAGAAUCCAUACAAUCUGGGCGUGGUACGGAACCUGGUUUCCUUCUUCCAGCUGCGUUGUUGCGGCCUCUUCAAACCAGCCAUCAUCGACUGGACGCAGCAGUUCCCGCCCGGCCGUGACCAACCCAUGUUCGGGCACAUGGACCUGGUCUGACCUCCCGACCCCUCGGCUCACUCAGGGUCAAGGGUCAGACUCUUACAGCGGUUCUGGACCAGAAGCACAAAGUGUAUUUAUUUAUUUUUUUAACGGGUUGGCGCCUUGUGAAGAGAGAGAUCACUAUAUUCGAGGACGGGGAAACACAAAGUGUAGAUAUUGUUUAAAAAAAAAAAAAAAAAAAAAAAAAAAACUGCUGCUGCCUUAUACUUGACCGAUGUUGGUGAGUUAAAACUCACAAACGUUUAAACCUGGGUGAGGUUAACGAACCUCUCGAGGCCUAAAUUGUAAUUGAAGUUUUGCGAUGUUUUUUUUAUGAACACAUCAAACCUAUUUUUAUCAUCUGUUCCGGGAAACAAAAAAGAUCUUUGUACGUGUAAACAGUUGGUUUUAUGACUUUUGUAAGAGUUGCAUGUGUUUAUUAAUGAAUGACCACUAUAGUACUUCAAUAAAGCAAUGUUGUGCCUGUC